AUGCGGCCCGACAGCGACUACGGCGUGAGCAAGGCCUUCGGCGAGAUUCUGGCCCGUUACUACUGUGCCCGCUGGGGAAUGGAAUCGAUCUGUCUCAGGAUCGGCUCGGUGCGCGACGACGACGAUCCCACCACCGAUCCCAGGUUUCUGCGAACCUGGCUGAGCCACCGCGACCUGGUCCAUCUGGUAGAGUGCUGUCUGCGCGCCAAUGUCAGCUACGGGGUCUACUACGCCAUCUCCAACAACAAGGGGGCCUUCUGGGACCUCUCCAAUGCCCGCGCCGAGUUGGGCUAUGACCCUCAGGACGACGCCUCGCGGCGGAGUCCCAGAUAG